AUGUCACAAAUUGAAGUAGAAGGAGAACAACCGGUCAUCCCCACCGCACCUCCGGCGACCAGCUCCUUGUCCACGCCCAGCAGCUUUGGCGUGUCAUCUCUCACGGCAGCAGCCUCUCUCCCGCCGUCCAGCUUCUCGCCCGCAACUGCUGUCUCGCCGUCCAGCUCCUCGCUGGCAGCUGCUCUCCUGCCGUCCAGCUCCUCGGUAGCAGCAGCUUCUGCUCUUUCAUCGCCGGCAGCUUCUUUUCCGCUAGCGGCAGCGUUCUCCUUGGCAGCAGCGGCGUCUUCUUUGGCAGCAGCGGACAGCAGCUCGGUGCCGUCAUCAAACCGUUCCUCUCCGCCAGCUGAUCACCUCUCACCGUCUAGCAGCAGCGGCAUUCCUCAGCAGCAGGUGUUCGGAGGUUCUGGCCAGCAGCUGACUUCGGCGACAGCAAGGGUCGACGAUAGCUUCCCCUCGGCAGCCAUGGCAGCGGCAGCAAGCUCCCCUCCGGCGAUUGCAGCAGAUGGCGGUUUGCCAACCAGCUUGGUGGCGGAAAUUGUAGCUACUACACCUGCCUUUAAUUCUAAGACACAAACUUCUGGCUUGGUGAUUUCAAAAGCAACAACUUCUGGUUUUCCGCCAACCAACACCUUAGGUAAAUUUCUUUUGAAAUCAAAAUCCUAG